AUCCCCGCAUCAGCUGAGCCGUCUGAGUGUUGAUGACGUCAGCUGUCAGUGCUCAGUGGCCAACAUGGCAGAGGAGAAAGAAGGCGGGGAGGUUGUGCGUGUGAUAUUACUAUGUGCCGCGUGGUAUUUGAUAAGCUCGGGCAACAAUGUGGUGGGGAAGACCCUCCUCAACGAGUUCCCGUACCCCAUGACGGUCACUAUGGUGCAGCUGGUGUCCAUAGCGAUCUUCAGCAGUCCAGUGUUACGGUGGAUGCGUGUGCGGCCUCGCUCGGACAUAAGUUGGAGUUAUUAUAAGCGAAUUAUUAUUCCUUUAGCGUUCGGGAAGUUCCUAGCGUCGGUGUUCUCGCACGUUAGUAUAUGGAGGGUGCCCGUCUCUUACGCCCACACAGUGAAGGCCACCAUGCCACUGUUCACUGUGUUGCUGGGGCGCUUCCUGCUGGGGGAGAGGCAGACCACUAAGGUGUACUUCUCCCUGGUGCCUAUCAUCCUUGGGGUUGCUGUUGCCACCACCACAGAGUUGUCUUUUGACAUGCUGGGCCUUGUGGCUGCCCUCAUGUCCACCUGUGGCUUCUCUCUCCAAAACAUAUAUUCAAAGAAGGUCCUGACAGACACUGGCUUGCACCACCUGCGGCUGCUGCACCUUUUGGGCUGCCUAGCGCUCUUUAUGUUUCUCCCGGUGUGGGUGUUCACAGACGGACUCAGUAUAUUCCGGGAUGAAACUCUGAUUGUGAGACGAGACCCCUGGGAGACCAUCACAUUACUGUUGCUAGAUGGGGGACUCAGCUGGAUGCAGAACCUUGUGGCAUUCACUAUUCUGCACCACGUCACACCCCUCACCUAUGCUGUUGCAAGUGCCACCAAACGAAUCUCAAUCAUCACCGUCUCUCUCCUCCUCCUGCGUAACCCUGUCACAUUGCCCAAUGUGGUGGGGAUGUUCAUGGCCAUAAUGGGUGUGCUGGGCUACAAUAAGGCAAAAUAUGAUGCAAAUAAAGCAAAGAAGAAAGCAGCACUUGUUCCUCUGAGUCAGGUGACCAGCUCCAAGCACCUCUACCACCCCCUGCAGCACCCACCCUUCCACCCCGCCUACAUGUUCAAUCAUAUGGAUGCAGCCAGACAGGGGCCGUAUCCAAGGCUUCCGAAUGGCACCGCCCCUGUGCUUCAAACCUCCCUCCAGAAUGGUCACAUCCCUCCCUCUAAAACCAGCCACAGUCCUUCUCAUGUCUCAAGAGCUAAUGGCAGUAUAGAAGCUAUAUGAAGUCACAAUAUGCUCUAGGGAAAGUAUUUAUAAAUAUAUUUUUUUACAGAACAUAUUGAAAAUAUAACUUAGGUAACUCAAAGAAACCCAAGCAGUAUUUUGCAGAGCACAAGUACAAGGGUCUGACCCUGAUGAUUGGGGACAUUUGAUUGAGGAUGUUGCUAACAGACUGUGGUGCCUUUCAGUAGCAAUUAGUGUGUUGAUAAUGGACUGUUAAGUUUUGAUUAUAUUGAAAUAUUUAUGUGUUCACAUUUAGUCUGAGCUUAAAUAAGCCAAAGGUGAAACCAUUCAGCAUGAGUCCCUCUAGAUUUUCUAAUGAAUAAUGAUUCAUAUGAAACUUGUAACUGAACUGUUUAGAAACAUGUAAUGUAUGAUCUGCAACACCUCAGAUAGAAUGUGGACAUUGGUUAAUUGCCAUAUUAAUGGUGGUCUUUCAACAACACAUAUUAAAACAUUGACACUGUUAGAACUGUGAUGUGCUGUAUGCGCACUACCCAAAGUAUAUUCUCAAAAUGCUCUCAUGGAAGUUAAAAUAAAAUUUCCCAACAGAGCACCUGUGUCAUAAAACUGCUCAAAGAUGACUGUUGUAAAAUAUGUUUAUGAAGUGCUACUUAGAAUGACAAUUUAAAAGCAAAGUACUGAAGAAAAUAAGAAUUUGUUGCAACUCUUACAUGAACAUCCAUACAUGGCAACUGAGGACUCCAUCCUGUAACAAUAGCUGAGUUGACAGCACAGCUGUCAUUUGCAUCUUUUUCUUUUCUGACUCUGCCCUCCAGAGCUUCUAUAGUAGAGUGGCCAUCACAGAAUCUCAAUAUUUCAUUUCUGUCCACUCUAUGCUCAAGUCCCUUUCCCUUUCCAGUCUCCCUAAAAUAUCCUAGAACUGUCAUUUUUAUAUUAUGGGGGGGGUCAUCAUGUCAUUAGCACUGACAAUAAGAGCUCUUUGGUUGUGAUGCCAACCUUCCCUUGUCCUUGUACUGCUCUAUGACCCAGUCAUGUUUCUGUAAAUACUGACCGCCCUCAGGCUACUAAUAAAUUAUUUUUGUUAAAAUUAUUGAUAAAUUAUUUAUGAAAGAAAAUGUGAGUGUGUGUAUGUGUGUGAAAGCUGUGUGUUUAGUACCAAUUAUGAUUACUAUUACUCUCCUUCGAGUGAUGAAUGUCUAUAAUUUGAACAAAACAUGUUAUUUUAGGAGAGAGGUCUUCCAAGUUUGUCAGUUCUCUGUUUCUGAUUACUUUUAGUUGCUUAAUUUAUAAGUGGAAAUGGAAAACAAUGUAUAAGGAUUUUACUUAUGCUUAGGAAGUUAAGUAGAUCCUUGAAUACACAUCAAGCUUUAAGCCAUUUUUUAUUCAUUUUUUUAGUCAUGCUAAUCAGUAUACACCAUUUUAUCACCAACCAUGAAAAAGUCUGUAAUCCACUAAGAGAAAAGCACUGUACUACCUAUCUCAAAAAAUCUCACUUUGUAAAUCAAAGUUCCUGAAACAUAAAAUAUUACUUCAAGA